AUGGGUGGUGCCUCUCUUGUAGCUGCUACUGCUCCUGUUGAUGCCCUUGCUGGUGGGGCUGCUACUAGGCCACCUAUGAGGUGGACCAACAACUCUAGUGGCUUUGUGCUGCGUAGGAUGAGUCAACUCAUCCAAACUGGGGCAAGGGAUGUCAAGGGUUUCAAGGACAAGGAUGUCAACCAAGUAGCAAAGGCCCUUAGGGAGUACUCUGGGGAGAAGGUGACCUCCACCUAG